GCGAAGAGGGUGAUAAAGUUGGUUCCUGAGAACCUUCUGAAGAAGAGGAAGGCCUAUCAAGCCAUCAAAGCCACUGAGGCAAAGCGUGCACUUCUAGAGAAGAGAAAGGUAAUUAGCUGUGGUCAGUUUUACCAUUGUGGUCUUUUAUUCACUAUGAAAGUUUUGAUAAAGUUGUUGGACAUCAACAAGUGUAGAUGUGUUCAUCCAGGUAUCCAAAGGCAAACCCUUGAAGUUCAAGCGCUUGGAGGACUUCCUGAAGGAGAACCAUAGAAAACAUCGCGAUGAAACGCGUAUCAGGAGAGCAGAUCACAGACCAGCUCCAGCCAUGCCCCCUGCAAAGAACCGACUGGCCUUCGCUGUCCGCAUCAGAGAGUGAGUGACUGAAAUCUGUAGCUACAUGAUCUGAUUGCAAUGGUGGUACACAUAAAGCUGUUGACAACCCUUUUUGAGCGAAUGUUAUGAUUUUUAUUCAGAUCCCCAUUAGCUGUUGAAGCAGCAGCUAUUCUUCCUGGGGUCCACACAACAUAGAACAUGACAAAAUACAGAACACUAAUGGACAAGAUCAGCAACACAAAUUCAAACUAACAACACGACUACAUAAAAAAAUAACAAGACUAACAACAAAGAAAAAUAUACACUAUUCUCAAAUAUUUUAAUGCUUUGAUAUGUAGACACUUUAGGCUAUUGCAGCUGAAGAAUACAGCUAAAGAGUUUGUGUUCACAUACUUAUUGUAUACUCACAAUGGAGUGGAAGUGGCUGUGCACAGUCAAAAUCAUCUGGAAUUACACUUUCAUCAGCUCAUCUUUAGUGGUCUGGCUGAAUAUUGAGGUAACAUUUUCAUAUUUUCUCUCUGUGCAGGAUCAAAGGAGUCAGUCCCAGAGUUCAGAAGGUGAUCCAGAUGUUACGACUAAGAAAGAUCUUCAGCGGUGCCUUUGUCAAAGUGAACAAGACCUCUAUGGCUAUGUUGAAAAUGGUUGAGCCUUAUGUGGCAUGGGGGUAAGUAAGAGGUGAGGGUCUGACUUUUGUGAGAAUGAAUAGCAUAUCAACUUCAUGUAAUGAGAUUAAUCCACUUUGACGUAUCCGCUAUCAUUUCUUAUAACCAACAAUAACUUUUGAACAUCAGAUCGGCAGUUACUUACCUCAAUUCCGCCUUCAACUUCGACUCACCUGUUCAGUCACUUGAUAAUAAGAUUGAUGACCUCCGAUUGCGGAUUUGCUUCCAACGGGACUCUCGUAACUGCAAUUUUCUCUGCAACAUGGCUUUUGGACAAGAUACAAUGUUCCCUCUAAUAUUUUUUAGCACUGAGCAAAUUUCAGGUCUGCUGAGCGCAAACUUGAACCUUGUGAGAUUUCUGUGUAACUUCCGGCGCACGUUUACUGUGAACACUGAGGCUGUACCCACUUUAAUAUACAGUUUUAAGUGGCCAAGGAGUGUGGGCCACCUUGAAAUAAAUAAUUUAAAAAAUGGAGAAAAUGUAUCUCAACAUGGAAAUAGCGGUUAUAUCAUUCAGCCUACAGUAGCAGCCAAUGUGUGGUGUUAAAUGUAGGCCUACGUUCCAUGAGACUUUUGAAAAAAAACAUGCAGGGCUUGACAUUAACCUGUUUAUCCACUUGUCCUUCAGAUAAGGUGACUAAACAUUUUGUUGUGGUGUUUGAUGCAAGAAACCACUUAACAAAAUACAAUUAAUUAUUCCCAUGCCAUUAUUACAGAGAAUCAGACAAAUUAUGCUACCCUCUCCUUAUUGGCGACUUAGCUUAUUUAAGCCUGUCUCAAAAUACAACACUGCCCCUUUUAAGACAUUAAAAAAAAAAAAUCUACCUGACUUGCUUUUCAAAGAUGGCUAGAAAUGUACAUGUUUUGUGCUCUUGUAGGAAGCAAUCACUCCCACAUUGCUGACUACAAAUGAGCUAUAACUGGGCUAAUAACUCACUAACUAGCUAAGAAUAUGAACAAAAGUGCACAUGUGGCAACAUGCAGCUCUCGCUUUGAUCUCAAAACAAGCACAUAAUAAUCGCAACAGCUCCUGCUGUAAAACGUGAAUGGCACAAAUCCAUAUGGCAAUGGUCUAUUUGCAUAUAGGCUUACUGCAGCUCUGAUUGGUUAUGGCGCACUGGUCUGUGUAGGGUACGGUCUGAGUCGCAAUAGAAUCCUACUCCGAUGCGCUCUGCCUACAACAAUCUCUUGCAUAGUUUGUUUUUGUUUGGGUAUGUUGCAUUGAAUUGGUCUAUUGCGUUAAUUCGAUCACAAUUCCCACAGUAAAGGGAAAUGUUAAUAGUGUUAACUAACAUGGGAAAACUAGAAAGUUGAGUGAAGUUCAAUCUCGUGCUUCUCUGCACGGGCUGAUAUUUAUUCUAGCCGGCAGUCCCGGGGAGCUUAGAGGGAACAUUGCCCCCAUGGCUAUCCAUUCACUAAGCGGACAGGACAGUAGAGUCAAGGAAAUCGAGAGUAGGAAGGUUUUGCCUCUUCAUCAACAACAAAUGGUCUGUUGACUCGAGCACAGUGGAAGUCUCGACCCAUUGUUCACCCGUCUUGGAAUACCUGAUGAUCAAAUGCUGACCCUUCUACCUGCCGAGGAAGUUUUCAGCUGUUAUCGUGACUGUUUGUAUACAUUCCACCUCAGAACAAGAAAAAUGACAAGCUAUAAACAAGCAGGAAAACUUGCACCCGGAGGUUGCCUUUCUUGUUGCCGGCGAUUUUAAUUCUGCGUCAUUAAGACACGUGAUGCCCAACUGCCAUCAACAUGUCUCCUUUGCCACUAGGGGCGAUAAAGUCCUAGACCACUGUUACUCUACCCACAAGCAGGCAUACAACGCCCUUUCUCAUCCCCAUUCUGCAAAUCGGAUCAUGUUUAGCAGAAGCUCCAACAGGAAGUACCUGUGACUCGCUCCGUUGAGAAACGGUAAUCGGAAUCAGAGAUUAUGCUACAGGACUGCUUUGCUAGCGCUGAAUGGAAUAUGUUCCGUGACUCGAUGAGCUAACCACCUCAGUCACCGGCUUCAUUAGGAAAUGCAUCGGCGAUGUCCCCACAGUGAAGGUUCACUGCUUCCCCAAUCAAAAGCCCUGGACUAACGCUGAGGUUGGCGCUAAAAUAAAGGGCAGGGCUACCGCACACAGGGCAGCCAACCUUGAGGCAACGGCUGAGGACUGGAACAAGUACAAGAAGUCCCGCUACGACCUCCGCAGAGUCAUCAAACGAGCAAAAGGACAAUAUAGGAAUAAGGUGGAUAUUAUUCCAGGCUCCGAGGCAUGUGGCAGAGGCUACAGUCCAUUACAGAUUACAAAGGAAGAACCAGCUGUGGUCUGCCCAACGAUAUAGCUCUACCAGAAGAACUCUACAAUAACAACACUGUGCCGUGAGGGCCUCCACCGACCCAGAGGACUGGUCGAGCUCGCUCUCCGAGGCCAACGUGAGUAAGGUCUUUUAAUCAGGUCAACACUCGCGGGGCCGGACAGUAUUCCAAGAUGCAUGCGCAGAACAGCUGGCAGGCAUAUUCACUGUCAUUUUCAACCUCUCCUUGUCCCAGUCUGUAAUCCCCACAUGCCUUAAACUGACCACCAUCCAUCAUUCCUGUUCCUAAUAACUCUAAGUCUUCAUGCCACAAUGACUACCACCCUGUAGUGCUCUCAUCUGCAAUCAUGAAGUGCUUUGAAAGGCUGGUUAUGGCACACCCACCCCAUCAUUCCAGACACCCUGUACCCACUCCAAUUUGCAUAUCGCCCCAACAGAUCCAUAGACGACGCAAUCUCAAUUGUUCUCCACACUGCCCUCACCUACCUAGAUAAGAGCAAUACUUAUGUGAAAAUGCUGUUCAUUGACUACAGCUCAGCGUUCAACACCAUUGUCCCCUCCAAGUUCGUCACCAUCUUAGGACCCAGUGACUGAACACCUGCAACUGGAUCCUGGAAUUCCUGACGGGCCGACCCCAGGUGGCGAGGGUAGGCAACAUGCCCUCCGCCAUGCUAACCCUUAACAAGGGGGCCCCACACGGGUGUGUGCUUAGUCCCCUCCUGUACGCCCUGUUCACCCAUGACUGCGUGGCCAUGCACAAUUCCAACACCAUCAUCAAGUUUGCUGACGACACGAUGCUGGUAGGCUUGAUCACCGGCGACAAUGAGACAGCCUACAGGGAGAUGGUCAAUGACCUGGCAGUGUGGUGUAAAACUAAAGAUACCUUCAUAGAAAAUAACUAAAGUAAAAGUCACCCAGUAAAAUUCUACUUGAGUAAAAGUAGAAAAGUAUUUGGUUUAAAAUAUACUUAAGUAUCAAAAAUAUAAAUAAUUUCAAAUUCCUUAUAGUAAGCAAACCAUUUUUUUUUUUUUUUUUAUUUACAGAUAGCCAGGGGCACACCAACAUUCAGACAUAAUUUACAAACAAAGCAUGUGUGUUUAGUGAGUCCACCAGAUCAGAGGCAGUAGGAAUGACCAGGGAUGUUCUGUUGGCAAGUGCGUGAAUUGGACCAUUUUCCUGUCCUGCUAAGCAUUCAAAAUGAGGUUUUCACUCAAUCUCACAAUACAUGGCCCCAUUAAUAAUUUCCUUUACACGGAUCAGUCGUCCUGGUCCCUUUGCAGAAAAACAGCCCCAAAGCAUGAUGUUUCCACCCCCAUGCUUCACAGUAGGUAUGGUGUUCUUUGGAUGCAACUCAGCAUUCUUUGUCCUCCAAACACGACGAGUUGAGUUUUUACCAAAAAGUUAUAUUUUGGUUUGAUCUGACCAUAUGACAUUCUCCCAAUCCUCUUCUGGAUCAUCCAAAUGCACUCUAGCAAACUUCAGACGGGCCUGGACAUGUACUGGCUUAAGCAGGGGGACACGUCUGGCACUGCAGGAUUUGAGUCCCUGGCGGCGUAGUGUGUUACUGAUGGUAGGCUUUGUUACUUUGGUCCCAGCUCUCUGCAGGUCAUUCACUAGGUCCCCCCGUGUGGUUCUGGGAUUUUUGCUCACCUUUCUUGUGAUCAUUUUGACCCCACGGGGUGAGAUGUUGCGUGGAGCCCCAGAUCGAGGGAGAUUGUCUUGUAUGUCUUCCAUUUCCUAAUAAUUGCUCCCACCGUUGAUUUCUUCAAACCAAGCUGCUUACCUAUUGCAGAUUCAGUCUUCCCAGCCUGGUGCAGGUCUACAAUUUUGUUUCUGGUGUCCUUUGACAGCUCUUUGGUCUUGGCCAUAGUGGAGUUUGGAGUGUGACUGUUUGAGGUUGUGGACAGGUGUCUUUUAUACUGAUAACAAGUUCAAACAGGUGCCAUUAAUACAGGUAACAAGUGGAGGACAGAGGAGCCUCUUAAAGAAGAAGUUACAGGUCUGUGAGAGCCAGAAAUCUUGCUUGUUUGUAGGUGACCAAAUACUUAUUUUCCAUCACAAUUUGCAAAUAAAUUCAUUAAAAAUCCUACAAUGUGAUUUUCUGGAUUUUUUUCUUCUCAAUUUGUCUGUCAUAGUUGACGUGUACCUAUGAUGAAAAUUACAGGCCUCUCUCAUCUUUUUAAGUGGGAGAACUUGCACAAUUGGUGGCUGACUAAAUACAUUUUUCCCCCACUGUAAGUACUUUACACCACAAUAACUUCAAGUUCCUCUAUGUCCAAAUCAAUAAGGUCUGAAAAUGGUCCGCGCACAGUCGAAGAAGCCGCAACAGCGGUGUGAAAGGAAGGCCCAGAAAAUUGUUAGACUCCAGUCACCAAAGCCAAAGGUGUUCGAUGGGGUCGAGGUCAGGGCUCUGUGCAGGCCAGUCAAGUUCUUCCACACAGAUCUCUACAAACCAUUUCGGUAUGGACCUCGCUUUGUGCACGGGGGCAUUGUCAUGCUGAAACAGGAAAGGGCCUUCCCCAAACUGUUGCCACAAAGUUGGAAGCACAGAAUUGUGAAGAAUGUCAUUGUAUGCUGUAGCGUUAAGAUUUCCCUUCACUGUAACUAAGGGGCCUAGUCCGAACCAUGAAAAACAGCCCCAGACCACUAUUCCUCCUCCAUCAAACUUUACAGUUGGCACUGCAUUAGGGCAGGUAGCGUUCGCUUGGCAUCCGCCAAACCCAGAUUCAUCUGUCAGACUGCUAGAUGGUGAAGCGUGAUUCGUCACUCCAGAGAAUGCGUUUCCACUGCUCCAGAGUCCAGUGGCGGUGAGCUUUACACCACUCCAGCUGACGCUUGGCAUUGUGCAUGGUGAACUUCGGCUUGUGUACGGCUGCUUGGCCAUGGAAACCCAUUUCAUGAAGCUCCCGACGAACAGUUCUUGUGAUAACGUUGCUUCCAGCGGCCACUUGGUAGUGAGUGUUGCAACCGAGGACAGACUAUUUGCGGCUGAGCCGUUGUUGCUCCUAGACGUUUCCACUUCACAAUAACAUUACUUACAGUUGACUGGGGCAGCUCUAGAAGGGCAAACUUGUUGGAAAGGUGGCAUUCUAUGACAGAGACACGUUGAAUGUUACCCAGCUCUUCAGUAAUGACAUUCUUCUGCCAAUGUUAGUGUAUGAAUAUUGCAUGGCUGUAUGCUCGAUUUUAUACACAUGUCCGCAAUGUGGGUGGCUGAAAUAGCCGAUUCCACUAAUUUGAAGGAGUGUCCACAUACUUGUGUAUAUAGUGCAUUUUAUUUUUGCGCUGUCUAUGCACACUCACAGGACCCUACACACUCAGGCACACUUCAUUUACUGACACACAUAACAUGCAUACACAAUUAUACUGACUCUACGCGCGCACACACUCACAUACAAUCAUCAUAUACGCUGCUGCUACUGCCUCUCAUAUCCUGAUGCCAAGUCACCUUACCCCUAUACAUAUCUAUCACUCCAGUAUCCCUGCACAUUAUAAAUAUGGUAUUGGAACUGACCCUGUGUGUGGCUUACUUUCUCAUGUUCCAAUUUGUAUUUCUCGUGUUUUUGUUCUACUUUGUUAUUUUUACACUGAACAAAAAUAUAAACUCAACAUGUGAAGUGUUGGUCCCAUGUUUCAUGAGCUGAAAUAAAAGAUCCCCGAAAUGUUCCAUACGCACAAAAAGCUUAUUUCCCUCAAAUCUACACAUUUAUUUGCAUCCCUGUUAUGGAGCAUUUUACAUGACAGGUGUGGCAUAUCAAGAAGCUGAUUAAACCACACGAUCAUUACACAGGUGCACCUUGUGCUGGGGACAAAAGGCCACUGUAAAAUGUGCAGUUUUGUUACACAACACAAUGCCACAGAUGUCUCAAGUUUUGAGGGAGCAUGCAAUUGGCAUGCUGACUGCAGGAAUGUCCACCAGAGCUGUUGCCAGAGAAUUGAAUGUUCAUUUCUCUACCAUAAGUCGCCUCCAACAUCGUUUUGGAGAAUUUGGCAGUAUGUCGAACCGGCCUCACAACUGUAGACCACGUGUAUGGCGUCGUGUGGGCGAGCGGUUUGCUGAUGUGGUGGUGGGAUUAUGGUAUGGGCUGGCAUAAGCUACGGACACCGAACACAAUUGCAUUUUAUCGAUGGCAAUUUGAACGCAGAGAUACCGUGACGAGAUCCUGAGGCCCAUUGUUGUGCCAUUCAUCCGCCGCCAUCACCUUAUGUUUCAGCAUAAUGCACAGCCCCAUGUCACAAGGAUCUUUACACAAUUCCUGGAAGCUGAAAAUGUUCAAGUUCUUCCAUGGCCUGCAUACUCACCAGAUAUCACCCAUUGAGCAUGUUUGGGAUGCUCUGGAUUGACGUACGACAGCGUGUUUCUGUUCCCGCCAAUAUCCAGAGACUUCGCACAGCCAUUGAAGAGAAGUGGGUCAACAUUCCACAGGCCACAAUCAAUAGCCUGAUCAACUCUGAGAAGAUGUGUCUCGCUGCAUGAGGCAAAUGGUGGUCACACCAGAUACUGACUGGUUUUCUGAUCCACGCCCCUCCUUAUUUUUUUAUGGAUCUGUGACCAAUCUAUUCCCAGUCAUAUGAAAUCCAUAGAUUAGGGCCUAAUUAAUUAAUUUCAAUUGAUUGAUUUCCUUAUAAACUUUAACUCGGUCAAAUCUUUGCAGUUGUUGCGUUAUGUUUUUGUUCAGUGUAAUACUGCAUUGUUGGGUUUAGAGCUUGCAAGAAAGACAUUUCACUGUACUUGUGCACGUAACAUUAACUUAACUUGAUACCUGUAGAACCAACUAGUUGGACAAUAUUGUACUAACGAUGGUGAAUUAUUCACACUAAACAGGUUUCCCAACUUGAAGUCUGUUCGUGAGCUGAUCUUGAAAAGAGGACAGGCAAAGAUUGACAAGCGAAGGGUCGCUCUCACAGACAACACACUCAUUGAGCAGCAUAUGGGUAAGGAUCACAAUUUAUAAUGUAUUUUUCAUCAGUCUGAAGUAACACAAGUCUUGGUAAAUUUUGUAUGUGCAUGUCAAAUUUAGCUAAAAAAUAUAAGUUGCGUCACACUCAGAUCAUGCAGAGAAUAUGAAAUGGUGGUUUUCCCACAGUGAUUUUCAUUGAGAUACAUGUACAAUGUUUACAUCAUCUCCUCUCAGGCAAGUAUGGUAUCAUCUGUCUAGAGGACCUGAUCCAUGAGAUCUACUCUGUGGGGAAGAACUUCCGUGUGGUCAGCAACUUCAUAUGGCCGUUCAAGCUGUCUGUGGCUCGUCACGCUGCCAGGGACAAGGCAGGUCUUUUGAAGGACAUCGGCAACCCAGGACCCAGAGGGACGGACAUUAACUCAAUCAUCAGGCAGCUCAACUGAGGCUGCAUGACAGACACUUUCACAGACUCUUUCCUAGAGCCAGUGAUUAACCUUUUUUUCCAUAGCUUAUUCAUUGGUGGUUCUGUAAUUCAUUUUCUUCAUGUCUGCAAGAUUAUGAGUUGCCCAGUGUGGCAUGAGAUAAAUAAGUCCCUUACAGAUUCAUAAGGAUUCAAUUAAUCUUUGUCUUACCAUCCCUGGGACCCAGCUGGCAGAAUUAAUACUGGACCUGAUCAGAAUUUAAGACAUGGACAGACUGCGCCUUUCUGAACUACGUUGUGAUUAGAUAGUAGUUAUUGUCUCGCCCUUUUGUUGGACAAUUGGUAAUCUCAUGUUACCACCUCUGCAGCGUUUCCAUAUUAAGGCCAUUCUAUGGAGAUUCUAAUGGCAUUAUCACUACUUACUUUGCCCCUCUGGUUGUCGAAGGGAUGUAAUUAUGCAUACUAUCUAUGUGAGAUUAAUGUGUUUAUUUUUCAAUAAACUGAAAGAAGAAUUUGUUUUGUACUUGGGUGCAGAAAAUGA